CACGUGACCUGCGGGGGUGGGGCUGCGCCGGCCUCUUCCCAGCCCGCUUGAAAGGGUUUGCGUAGGCGCCUUGUCUGCCCUUAAAGCGCUCAGUGGGCGGCCGGGCCCAACUGCUCUCGUCCAGACGCACGACGGGAGUUGCUCCUAGCUCUCGUGCGUCCCGGGUUCGCUUUUCUUUCCUUUCCGAAGCCUGGCCCUUAGAUCCACCACCGCGGAGUCUGCGGCCGCCAGGAAGCCCAGAUCCGAGUGUCCGGAGACUAACCGGAAGUGCUGUCCCCAGGCCUAGGGGCGGCGCCGGCGGCUGCCUGGGAGAUGGUAGAACUGACUGUUGUGAAUAGUUCUGGACUAGGGACCUUUUGAAACCAAAAGGAAGAUGGUCUUGAGUCUUUCUUGUUAUGAAUGCUAUCUUCCUUGAGAAGUCAAAAUCUCAGGAUCAACAAUGUACAUUUUCUUCCAUCUGGAUUCUAGGGUUGGAAAUAUCAAGUAAGGAAUUAAUGUAUAUGAUGCUGGAAACAUGUAGAGGCUAAUGACUGAAACACAUGUCUCUUCCAAGUUCUUAUCAAGAAAAUGACUGCGAGGGCAAUGAUGGGUCAAGAAGACCAGUGGAAAACUCCCUAGGAGAGAGCCAUAGAAAAUGUUCACUUCAGAAGAGAGAUGUAAUCAGAGAACUCAAAAAAGGAAAAUAUAUAAUGUAUGCCCUCGGAAGGGUAAAAAGAUUUUUAUUCAUGUGUGUGAGAUUACUCAAAUAGAUGAUCAUCUAUACCAGUGCCUUGAAUGCAAGCAAAACUUCUGUGAAAACUUAGCUCUUAUUAUGUGUGAGAGAACCUGUACUGGAGAGAAACCUUAUAAAUGUGAUAUGUGUGAGAAAACCUUUGUCCAAAGCUCAGAUCUUACUUCACACCAGAGGAUCCACAAUUACGAGAAACCUUAUAAAUGUAGCAAAUGUGAGAAGAGCUUUUGGCACCACUUAGCGCUUUCAGGACAUCAGAGAACACAUGCAGGUAAAAAAUUCUAUACAUGUGACAUUUGUGGCAAGAAUUUUGGUCAGAGUUCUGAUCUGCUUGUCCACCAGCGAAGCCAUACCGGCGAGAAACCGUAUCUAUGUAGUGAGUGUGAUAAAUGCUUCAGUAGAAGUACAAACCUCAUAAGGCACCGAAGAACUCACACAGGUGAGAAACCAUUUAAGUGUCUGGAGUGUGAAAAAGCUUUUAGUGGGAAAUCAGAUCUUAUUAGCCACCAGAGAACUCACACUGGGGAAAGGCCCUACAAAUGUAAUAAAUGUGAGAAAAGUUACCGACACCGUUCAGCCUUCAUCGUACAUAAAAGAGUUCAUACUGGGGAGAAGCCCUAUAAGUGUGGUGCCUGUGAAAAAUGCUUUGGCCAGAAAUCAGACCUUAUCGUGCACCAGAGAGUCCACACAGGUGAGAAGCCGUAUAAAUGCCUGGAAUGUAUGAGAAGUUUUACUCGGAGUGCCAACCUAAUUAGGCACCAGGCAACUCACACACACACUUUUAAAUGCCUUGAAUAUGAGAAAAGUUUUAACUGUAGCUCCGAUCUUAUUGUACAUCAGAGAAUUCACAUGGAAGAGAAACCACAUCAGUGGUCUGCGUGUGAGAAUGGCUUCCUCUUAGGUAUGGACUUUGUUGCCCAGCAGAAAAUGAGAACUCAGACAGAGGAGCUACACUAUAAAUACACUGUAUGUGAUAAAAGCUUCCACCAGAGCUCAGCCCUUCUUCAACAUCAGACAGUACACAUUGGUGAAAAACCGUUUAUCUGUAAUGUGAGUGACAGAGGUCUUGAGCUUAGCCCUCCCCGUGCAUCAGAAGCCUCAGAGUUGUCUUGACCAGGCGAGAAGCUGUAAUAACAAUAUUAAAAAUUAUUUAUGUAUCAGAGACUGAUUAAGAGGAAGACCCCCUAGGCAAAUCUCAGACUUUGCUCAGAGCUCAGAAUUCAGUGGGGACCAGAGAGCCUGCAAUUGGAAGUAUGAGAAAUUUUUUGCCCAGAGAGCUGCCCUAACAUAACACCUUAUCCAUCAACUCCAAUGAGAAAUCUGCAAAUGACCAGAGUGUUUGAAAACUUUCCGUCUGAGCUCAAAUUUGAUCGCAAGAGGAUUCAUACAAGUGGGAAACCUUACAAAUGCACUGAGUGUGAGAGAGCUUUCCAGCAGUGCUCAGCCCUCUUCAUCGUAAGAGAAUUCACACCGGAGAACAAUUUUUAAAAUGCCUUCAGUGUCAGUUGUGCUGCAGACAGUAUGAACAUCUCAUUGGCCCUCAGAAAACCCUCCCUGGGGAGAAGUCCCAGCAAGUGUGAAAAAGCUUCUAACAAAACUCUGACUUUUUUGCCCAUCAGAGAAGCCAUACUGGUGAAAAAUUGUAUAUUUGUCUUGAGUAUGGCAAAAGCAUUCAUUGGAGAGCCUUACUUGGGUUUGCACCCCCAAAAAUCCCAAUCUGAGUAAAGACUACAAAUGUCUGAAUGAAGAGUGCUUGUCAGUGAUCAGCUCUUGUGGUACAUCAGGGAACUCACAUAAGUGAAAAAAACCCAUAAAUACCUUGAGUCUGAGAAAACCUUUUGUAGAAUCUCCUGUCUUAUCGGGCCCCAGAAACCUCUGUUCUGCAGUGAGAGAUUUAAUUGUGGGUGAGAAUCUGUGUACAUAUAAUAUGUAUGAGAAAAACUGUUUUCAUAGUUAAGUUCACUCAUGGUAGAGAUGACGUUACAUGAAAUCAGUAUGAAAAAUAGUUUUUUAGAUGCCCAGAAGCUUGUUCUGGAAGGAGCUAGGGCAGGUCAGAGCAGACCUGAUGGGUAACUCAGGUAAAGAUACUUUUCUUUUAUCUGAACCACUUAAUGAUUGCUUUACUUUUACUUUUUAAAAAAUUCAGAAAUCCAAUAAAGGAAAGGACUGCAACCUUAUGAUAGAAGGUGUGGCAUGUGUUACUGUUGGGGGAAAGGAGUAUAUUGACUUUGCCUUGGUUGGUAUUUUAAUGCUUGUCUAGGAUGGGACUAGAGUGUUGAUAGUAACAUGGCAGUCUUUUUUUUCUUUUUUUUUUUUUUUCCUUUUUUUUUUUUUUGCUGACAGCGAAAUGAACUAAGAAGCUAGGGAGGAGCUAUCCUAGAUCAAAACUAAGAUCCCAGAUCCCAACUCUCCUAGUAGUUUUCUCUUUGCAGGACCAAUCUUACAAAGAGACAGCAUACUCCGCUUUUUACUUAGUGUCAGUUGAGGCAUACUCUGAAAAGUUAUUUCCCCUAAAAUAGCUUUCAAAUUAUUAUGGUAUUUGAAAUUUCAAGUUUAGAAAUUCAUUUCUUUUUGACUCAAAGUACAAAUUUCAUAUAAUGGUUAUGAUGUUUUUAGUAUACGUAUUUUUGUGACUUAUCUCUUUCAGCAAUAGAUACCCACAGUCAGCUCCUAGUAAAAUGGCUAGAGAAAGACUGAAAGAAAAGUUUAUAAAUCUGUGUAGGCAUAGAGUAAAAACACAUAAUGAUGCAUUACUAAUAUAAGAAUAAGGCUUCUUUGAUUUUGAGUAUCCUAACUCCAAACCUAGUGUUCUUUUCACUCCAUUAUCCUGCUGUUCAUAGCAAACAAGACCCAUAAUGAUACGUCUUUCAUUUAUUUCAGUUCUGCCAAGGAAAGAGAAAAUACCUUUUAAUCCCAGGGAAAGGAUUGCAAUCACCACAUUAUAAGGUAUAUAUUUGGCGUGGAAUGCAGAAUUCUAAAUGCUAAAAGGGAAAAGUAGUUGGCAGAUUCAUCAGAGGCCUAAAGAUAAGCACUUGUUUCCAGCUUAAAAUAUAAUUAGGAUUGUCUUUAGUGAUCCCUAAAAAUACUAUAAUUAAUCCAGAGAUGUCAAUGGUCACAUCUCAGUUUUUUUCUUCCCUCAGAUUAAAAGACAUUUAAUACGAAUAUUUCAGAUUCCUGUAGUAUUUGGGACUUUGUAGACUAGUGAAUAGAUACUUUGUUGCUAGUCCACAUCCUCUGAUUUUGGUUUGAUUUGUCCUAGCAGAUCCCUGAACUUCAGAAAGUGUUGCCAUUUGGAUUCAUGGAGUUGGCGAACUGCUACACUGCUACCUUGUGUAUGGCUCUAAGCUUUGAUCCUAAUAACUGGUUGAUGAUCGUGAUAAUAUUAGGGCCAGUGAAUAUAGCUCAUAGUGAUAAGAAGGAAUCUGAUUCUAGGGUAUUUUUCUUUUAGAAAAAUAUCUUGGAAGUUUAUUUGAUCUGACAUGUUUUCAUAAUUUUUAGAAAUAGCUCUUGUACCUUGAAAAGUUGCCCAGUAUGAUAAGACACACAGGAUAUAUUUUUUUCUCUUUAGUGAAAGUCAUGCCUAUUACUAGUAUAUGUUUGACAUUUGUAAUAUACUUAAAAUAGUAUUGGGUGUGAGGCAUGGUGGUGAUGAAAAGUAGUCCUUAUGGCUACUUGUUAGUCAUUAGUGAGAGCAUGGAGAAGGGGUCCAAGUCAGUAUCAUUAACAGGGCAAUGACUUGACCCUUCUUUCAACUAAUCUUACUGGUAGUUGUCUCUAGUUUUUAAGUAAAUUAAUGAUGGACCAUCCCUCAAACGAGAACUUUGGGGGUAUGCAACAAGGCUGAGGGCUUUUAACUAUGGGAGAAAAAGGUAUUGGUAUUAUUCAUAUAGCAUAACCUGAGGUUGGAGAGGACCACUUGGGAGCCUGUUAACCAAAACUAGAAGGUAACUUCUGGGAUGGACGGAGGUUCCCUUGAAGCAGUGCCAACCUAAAUCUACCUCAGGUAAGUAGUUAGAUUAACUUUUUCAAGAUUUCAGACCAAACAAGACAACUUGUAUUCAGUUGAUGUAUUCCUAUGCUUUAAUGUUUUUGUUUGCCCUUAAUUCUUAAAUAAACAUUUGUUCUGAAAAACUCCA